CAUCGCCUCUCGCACGACAUGAAGGUUUGCCUAAGCAGUUUAGCGGUGCUGAUGUGCCUGGGGGCAGUUUGGGCAGAGCCCCCCGUACCUAACUACUCAACGACCAACGAGGAUGCCUUCGCCCCACCUCCACCCUCCGCUCCGUCAGCUUCCUAUGGUCCACCCUCGGCAUCGUAUGGGCCACCUUCACGCGGCAGUAACAGGUUCGGCAACAGUAACCGGCACACGAUGGCAGUUCUCAGACCCAGUGCCAACUACGGCGCACCUUCGUCAUCCUACGGUGUACCGGGGCAGAUCUCUUCGGCGCCGAAACGUCCAAGCUUCGGGGGCAACCGAGGGUUCUCCACCGGGGCUUCCUCUGGUGGGUUUGGAGGCUUCAGCGGGGGCGGUCACAGUGGGGGUGGAUACAGUGGGGGCGGUCACAGCGGGGGUGGAUAUAGCGGGGGCGGUCACAGCGGGGGUGGAUAUAGCAGAGGAGGCAGCAGAGGAGGCUACAACUACGAUGAUGGAAGCUCGGAGCCUGCCAGCUACCAGUUCUCCUACCACGUACAAGACGCUCCCUCAGGCAACGACUUCGGCCACAUGGAGUCCAGAGAGGGUCACGUGGCCAAGGGCAUGUACAUGGUCCUUCUGCCGGACGGGAGGCGGCAGAUCGUGGAGUACACGGCCGACGAGACAGGAUACCAUCCGACGGUCAGGUACGAGGGGACGGCCACUGGAGGCGGCUACCCAGCCAGCGGAGGCGGCACUGGCAGUGGAGGCGGCUACCGCUACUGAACACCUCUUCAGGAACACUCUGGCAACAAUGACAACCCCCACGAGCACCACACCGUCGUACUUCGGCGUGUAAACCAGCGUCAUCUUGCCGAUUGUUUAUAGCUUUACGAGUUACCAAAAGUUACCUUUGAAAGUCAUUAUAUUAAUGGCUCGUUUGUGACCAAGUUUAAAAACUGUACCUUUGACUUUUGUAUUGAAGUAGACACAGACCAGCUGUAGCCAAUUAAAAAGGAACUUAGUUGAAAGAUCCACUCAUAGUGUGAUGCUAAAUUUAUUUUUCGCACAUCCUUGUACUGUGAUAGUUGAUGAGGUAUAAGAAGCUAGAUUUAGUAAUCAGCUGACCUUUCAGUUUAGCUUGGUGAAACAAUUGUUGUAUUCUAUAUAAAUUUACAUCUGCGCCCCCAGUCAAUGGCUAAAUUGGACUACGUAAUUGUUUAUCCAAGCCUACUCGUAAAUCUGGCUUCAACUCUAACAUGCGAAUGGAGUGUAUCCAUGGUCAAGUGUUUUACAUAGUGUGUAUUUUGUACAAAAUUAUCUUCUUGUUUCAUUCCACUCUAUUUUAAUAUAAGUU